AUGCACUUCCCAACAACCCUCACAGCCCUCACACUUGCCCUUUCCACCCUCGUUGCAGGACAAAACGCACACUACUCCUGCUCGAGACAACUCACUGCGCAGUGUUGCGUUUCAGCUGGUGCUGGAUGUAGUCCCAUAACAGGGCCCUCAACAGAUUUCACCUGUGCCGCACCGACGACUGGGUAUUGCUGCUUGGUUAGUGGUGGGGUUAUUCGCCUUUGUACGCUUGCGGCUUCGGCUGGUGUGACGACUACGAUUUCGCAGACUGUUGCGUUGCCGACUUUUACGGUUGUGGGGAGGGCUUGA